ACCCGCAGCCGCGCCUGCGAGCUCGCACCCCUCUCCCGCGCCCAGUCCUCCCGCGCAGCGGCUCGAAGUGCGCCCCUCGCCCUCCUGCUCGGGCCCUGCUGCCAUGGCCGCCUCCUCCGCGCGGCCCGCUGUCCUGGCCCUGACCGGGCUGGCGCUGCUCCUGCUCCUGUGCUGGGGCCCAGGUGGCAUAAGUGGAAAUAAACUCAAGCUGAUGCUUCAAAAACGAGAAGCACCUGUUCCAACUAAGACCAAAGUGGCCGUUGAUGAGAACAAAGCCAAAGAAUUCCUCGGCAGCCUGAAGCGCCAGAAGCGGCAGCUGUGGGACCGGACCCGGCCCGAGGUGCAGCAGUGGUACCAGCAGUUUCUCUACAUGGGCUUUGACGAAGCGAAAUUUGAAGAUGACAUCACCUAUUGGCUUAACAGAGAUCGAAAUGGACAUGAGUACUAUGGCGAUUACUACCAACGUCACUAUGAUGAAGACUCUGCAAUUGGUGCCCGGAGCCCCUACAGCUUUAGGCACGGAGCCAGCGUCAACUACGACGACUACUAACCAUGAGUUGCCACACGCUGUACAAGAAGCAAAUAGCAGUUCUCUUCAUUUAUCUCCUAAUGCCUUACACUACUUGGUUUCUGAUUUGUUCUAGUUCAGCAGAUCUUUUCUACCUACUUUGUGUGAUCAAAAAAGAAGAGUUAAAACAACACAGGUAAAUGCCUUUUGAUAUUUCAUGGGAAUGCCUAACAAUGCAUCUCAUUUAAAAAUAGAAAUAAAGCAUUUUGUUAAAAAGAAAA